AUGAGUUUAUUAUCAGCCAUUGCUUCAAAAAAGGACGAACUAAAGCCGACAAAGACCGUAGUUACCACAGUAGACGGUCGAAAGUUCGUGCAGACCAAAAACGAUUGCACCGAAAUCGCGGGCUCGUACGGCUUUGUCGUGGACACCGAGCCCGACAAGACGCCGGCGAAGGUUCUCGACUUCCUCUAUGUGGGCUCGCAAGACUGCUGUCAGCUGGACGUGCUGAUCGAGCAUCGGAUACGUUACGUGCUGAGCGUCGGCGUCGAUGCGCCGGUUAAGCACCCGGAGCAAGUGCUAAAAUAUAAAUGGGUGCAGUGCCUAGACCUGCCCGAGACCGACAUCCGGAGUGUUUUGGGCGUUUGCAACGAUUUCAUACGGGAGGGAAUCGAGAAGCGUUUCAAUGUCCUUGUUCACUGCAAUGCUGGUGUUAGUCGUUCUACAUCUAUUGUCAUUGGAUACUUAAUGUUAAUGCAUAAUUAUAGUUAUAUCGAAGCCUACAAUGCUGUAAAGGUUGUUAGAAAUUGUGUGAAACCAAACAUUGGUUUUGAGUUACAAUUGAAGGAGUUGUCGAAAUUUUAAUUUGUUCAUUUACUUCUGUUUAUAUCCCUUUCAUGUAUUCAUUUUUUAUAAAUCUAACAAUAAUGUAUUAGGUGAUAUGUUUGUAUUCAUUUGCAUAACAUAUUAAAUUUUAUAAAUAAACUGGUCUUUUUUUUCUA